AUGGGAACGGCCGAGCACGCCACGAACGGAACGAUGGACUCGCAGCCUUCGGUGGGCGGCCUGCUUGCCGGGGCGAAGGCGGCCUUGACGGCGGGUGACCGAACCGUUGCCUCUCAGCAGCUGCACGAGGCUACCAAGCUGGCACCCGACAACCCCAAGGCGUGGCGAGCCCUCGCAGACUUCCUCGAGACCGGCAACGACAACAAGCAGUUGGCCGAGGCCCUGUCCAAGUGCGUCGACAUCGCGGAGAGCAAGGGGAACUACGGCCGCUCCCGCCCCCUCCGGCUCCGCCUCUCCGAGGUCCGCGAGGCCGCGGGCGACCGCCGCGGCGCCCUCGCCGCCCUCAAGGCCUUCACCUCGAACCCGGCGGCCGUCUCCGCUACGACCGCUACGACCGCAUCGGCGGCGAACGGCGCCGGCGCCGGCCUCGCCGACAAGAAAAACACCUCCGCCGCCGCCAAGUCCGCCGCCGAGGCGGCGACCAAGGCCGCGGAGGCCGUCCGGGACACGGAGAACGCGGCCAUGAAGGACCGCUCCACGCGGCUCUUCAUGGAGCUGAACGCCGACCUUGUGCCGAGCCUGGCGGAGCACUGCGGGUGCCUGGGGGAGGCCGGCGACGCGUCUGCUCGACGAAGAGCAGCCGUCGCGGUCGCCAAGUCGAUCGCCGCUUCGAACGCCGAGGCCCCCUGGGUCGAGGCCCAGCUCCGCGAGUUCCUCCCCGAGGGGAACGCGCCGGCCGCCCGGGAGGGAGCCCUCCUGGCGAUCCACGCCAUCUGCGAGCUCGCCGGGCCCGGCGGGGAGCCGUACGUGGUGGCGCUGCUGCCGCUGGUGCUGCAGGCCAAUGGGGCGCAGGCGGCGCAGGUGCGCGCCGCCGCCGCCGACGCCGGCGCCGCGGUGGCCCGGACCCUUAACCCGCACGCCGUGAGGGUGGCCCUGCCGAUGAUCACGGAGGCGGUGGCCAACGACACCUGGAGGAUAAAGGCGGGCGCGCUGGAGGUGAUGGCCGUGAUGGCGGAGAGCUCGCCGCAGCAGGUGGCGCUGGCGCUGCCCGAGAUCGUGCCCGUGGUGUCGCACCAGGUGUGGGAUACCAAGAGGGAGGUGCAGGCCGCCUCGAAGCACGCGCUGCUGGCGGCGUGUGCCUGCAUCGGCAACCCGGACAUUGAGCCUCUGGUUGACCGAUUGGUGAGGGUCAUCGCCAAGCCGGCGGAGACGGAGAGCACCCUCGACGCCCUCCUGGCCACGACCUUCGUCACCAGGGUGGACCGCGCGACGCUCUCGGUGAUCGCUCCCCUCCUUAGCAAGUGCCUCAAGACUCGACAGAGCAACAUGCACCGCAAGGCCGGCAUGGUGAUUGGCAACAUGUGCCGCCUGGUUACGGAGGCAGAGGACGUGGCUCCCUUCAUCCCCAUGCUGUUGCCGGCCCUCAAGCGUGCCGCGGACGAGACGGCUGACUUGGAGGCGGCAGGGGAGGCCAAGAGCGCCGUGGACGCCCUCGUCAAGGCUCUCGGCGUGGGGCACGUUGCGGACAGGGCCAAGGCCGGUCUCUCCGGCCCUACGGACGAGGAGAAUGCCAAGGUAACCGCGGACAUGAGGAAGGAGAUCGAGAGGGCCAUGGGAGCGGCGAGCUCGGCUCCCCCGGCCGACCCCGUGGUUGCCUACGUAGCCAGCCUGUGCGCCAGUCUUGUGCUGCACGGCUUCGGGCAGGCGGGGCCCGCGAUCAACGAGAACUGGGAGCAGGCCGUGCUCCCGUACCUCCGGUCCUCCAUGGGGGAAGCCGACGCGUCUCUGGUUUACGACUCCUUCUUGCCCGUGGCUCACUCAUACGCCGACGCGGUGGAGGAGGGCGAUGCCGCCGAGCUAUGCAACAUCGACUUCUCGCUCGCUUACGGCGGGAAGAUCCUGCUGCACAACACCCGCCUCCGGCUGCUGGCGGGACACCGGUAUGGACUGCUUGGCCCCAACGGCGCCGGCAAGACGACCCUCAUGCGAAACAUCGCCAACGGUGCGAUCGACGGACUGCCCACGGAGCUGAGGACGGUUUUCGUGCAGCACGACAUCGUCGCCAGUGACGUGGACACAAGCAUCAUCGACUACACCUGCAACGUGGAGGAGCUGAAGGGGGUUUCCAGAGAAAAGGUCUCGGCCACGCUGGCCGAGGUUGGGUUCAGCGAGGAGGGCCAGGCCGCCCCCAUCACCUCGCUCUCCGGGGGGUGGAAGAUGAAGCUGGCCCUCGCCCGCGCGAUGCUGCAGGAAGCCCAGGUGCUCCUCCUCGACGAGCCGACGAACCACCUCGACGUCCACGCCGUCAAGUGGCUGACGGACUACCUGACCGGCCUUAAGGACGUGACGGUGAUUUGCGUCUCCCACGACACGGGCUUCUUGGAAGACAUGGUGACGGACGUGUUGCACUACGAGACACUCAAGCUGGUGCCCUACCACGGGGGGGCUGAAGCACUUCAUCAGCCUCAAGCCCGAGGCAAAAUCCAACACCAACCCCCUGCUUGCCACCACAGGUCAUACUACGAACUUGCUGCGGCGUCGCUGCGGUUCAAAUUCCCCAACCCCGGCCCCCUCGACGGCAUCACCUCCACGACCAAGAACAUCCUGACCAUGAAGGACUGCAGCUUCCAGUACCCUGGUUCCGCCAGGCCUCAGAUCCAGAGCGCUAGCCUGAAGCUGUGCCUGGCUUCCCGGGUCGGUGUGACGGGAGUCAACGGGGCGGGGAAGACUACCCUCAUCAAGAUGGUCGUCAGGGAGACCGAGCCUCAGUCUGGAGAGGUUUGGUCCCACCACAACCUUCGAAUCGCCUACAUGGCCCAGCACAGCCUGCACCACGUGGAGCAGCACCUCGAGAAGUCGCCGGUGCAGUACAUGCAGUGGCGUUUCGGCACCGGGGACGGAACCGACAGGGAGGUGGCCGAGAAGAACAUCUUGAUGAAGAUGACCGAUGAGGAACAGGAGCGGCAGUCCAGCACCGGCCAGGUGGAGGACAUCCUGGGGCGGCGGCUGGAGGGCCGAGUCCUGAAGUACGAGUGCUCGUUCGUGGGCAUGGGGCCCAAGCACAACCGGUACAUCUCUCGCGAAGAGCUGGAGAGACGCGGCCUCUCCAAGCUUGUCCAACAGGCGGAUGCCAGAAUGGCCGCUCUCGCCGCUGGCACGGACAACAGGCCGGUGACUACAAAGGAGAUCCAGGCCCACCUCGACGACUUCGCCCUCGCGAAAGAGUUCAGCGUCUACGGGAAGAUCGGAGGGCUGUCGGGGGGACAGAAGGUGAAGCUAGUGCUGGCAGCGGCGAUGUGGAUGCGGCCCCACCUCCUCGUGCUCGACGAGCCGACCAACUACCUCGACAGGGAGGCGCUGGGGGCGCUGACCCAGGGCAUCAAGGAGUUCGGCGGGGGCGUGAUCAUCAUCUCCCACAACUCUGAGUUCAUCAACGCCAUCACGACGGAGACUUGGCUGCUUGAGGAGGGUAGGCUGCAGACCAUGGGGGCGGCACAGGAGUCCGAGUUGAAGACUUCCAAGAACAAGUCUAAGAAGGCGAUGGAGGCAGAAGCGAAGGCGGAGGAGGAGGCGGCCACCAAAGCCGGCGGCUGCUCCAACAAGACGGUCAAGUUCGACAACCUCAUCAACCCGAAGACGCUCAAGGCGUUCGACAAGAAGAACCUGCGAAAACUCGGAAAGAUCGCGGACAAGGCUGGCAUCCCGCUACCCGAGUACGUCAAGGGGCUUAACCACAAGAGCCCGGAGUGGAAGUGGUUGGGGAACUACGCGUGAUUGGCCAGUCAGUUUAGUUGUUAUUGUUGUGCGGACAUUCAUUCGUGUAUGUGGCAAAAUGAGGCUUGUGCGUUUGCGGAGUCCAUGACGCCGUGGGAGACGCGCCCUUAAAGUGGUUCUUGGGUGUGUGCCCCCUGCAAGGCCGAUUCGGGGGUGGUGCUCGCGUUUUGCGUCAAGAGACUUGUGCGUUGUUUCCCUCGCUGCGCGGGUCUUUGCCGGAAGAGACUGAGGCGGAGGAGGGGAGGGCCAUCACCUGACUCACGAAGGGAUACGGGAACAGCACGUCAUAUGAAAUAAGCUUCCUGAAGCCGUCGGUCGGGUCUACGACCCCCCACGGGAUAUUGUGCCUUGACGGGAUUUUGGUGUGUGUGUGCUUAUCGUGUGAGGUUUUGUGUGUGUUUUCUCCGAGUGGCUUUUGUCGAGUCGCCCUUUGGCUGCCAGCUACGCCACGGGGCGCCAUGUCGGCCUGUGUGCGUGGUAGUGGUGACGCCCCACACGUGCCCUGUACCGUAGAGGGUGUUAAGUUGCCAAAAUGUCGCGGUUUUUUCAUUUUUGUGUGGGU